ACCACCUCUCUCCCUCUGUACUACAAUCUGUACUCUUCCUUUCUCCAUUGCUGCAACAAUGAAAACCUCUCCCCACAUUCUUUAUCUUCUCUGGGUUCUUCAAAGAAUUCAUCUUUUGAUGAUUACAGUUUGCUCUCAUCACUGCAGAUAAAAAUAUUUCUUUAAUCACUUGUCUCGCUCUACUUCUAUGGCUUCUGCAUUUGCGAUAAUGCUCUUCUUAGCAUUGUUAAUAGUAUUGCUUCUUUCUCCUCCCGCCGCCGCCGCAUAUGAGAGCCGCCACGCCCGGCGGAUCCUCCACCAACCGCUCUUCCCACUUGGAACCUCUCUUCCUCCUACUUUUCCGCCGUACGUGGCGGCUACUACUGUUUCUCACCCUCCCUCUUCUUCUCCUCAGUUACAACCCAAGUUCCCAUUAUCAUCGUCCCAGUCUCCCCCGAAUCCGCCCUUAGUUCGGAACCCGUUUUUCCCGGUUUACACUUCGCCGCCGCCGCCGCCGCCGCCGGCGGCGGCGGCGGCGGAUUCUUCCGCCAUUGCUACUCUUCCGGCGAAUAUUUCCUCCAUUGUUGUGCCGGAGUCUUCCUCAAAUGCCGGCAAGCCUGUUUCUCCGAAGGUGAUAACCGGUAUUGUGGUUGUCUUUGUUGUGUUUGCUUGCCUCGUUAUCGGCCUCGCCGUGUUUUUCCUCCUCCACCGCCGCCGCUACGGCGAGAAGAGCCGCCGGCAAAAGGCCGACAGCCUCCGCCUUGUCCCGCCUAACGCCACACCUUCCGACGCCGGCUUCGGCGGCGACGCUGUGAAGAAACCGCCGCUUCCGUCUACGAGGCUGCCCUGCUACAAAACCAUGGCUGCCUCAACGAGUUCUGAGUUUCUUUACCUCGGCACGCUGGUGAGCUCUCGGGAAGUAAACGAAGAUCAACUCUCUGCGAAACCGCCGCUGAACCUCCAGCGCCUCGGUUCGCCGGAGCUCCGGCCCCUGCCGCAUAUACGACAGAAACGGAGAAAUGGUGAUGUCAUGUUCCCGGCGGAAGAAGAUGAGGAAGAGUUUUUCUCUCCCACGGGGACCUCAGGCGGCAGAAAUAGUCCCAACCUUAACGAUUGGAUCUCUCAGCGAGGGUUUGAAGAGGCAUUUAGGGCUCAGAGUAGCUUUCCCAUUUCCAAUUUGAAUUCCCCAAUUGAUUCUUCAUGUGCUAGUCCUUCAAUAGAGUUGAAUUUGAGCCCUAGAAGCUUGAGGUCUAGGUCCCCUGACUCUUUAGUCAAUUUCCCUGCUCAACCUCGGUUCAUUCCCGCCCCGCCACUAUGGGAACAGAGGACCAUAUCAAUGUCUCCCGGAGUUUCAGAGUCUCCGGUGAGAAAACCGGCUGAUUCGGGUAGCUAUAUGUGUGUAAAACUGCCGCCACCUCCACCUCCUCCUCCUCAGAGGUUUCCCGAAGCUCCGAUGGUGGAAAACGAGGGUCCACCAGUGCUUGUGGCACCAUCAAGGCCAGUAGUAGUUUCGUUGGAUGGUUCCGGUGCUGGAGAUAUGAGAAAUGUAGAGACUAUGAAGCCCAAGCUCAAGCCUUUGCAUUGGGAUAAAGUUAGAACCAGUGCUUCUGAUAGAGCAAUGGUUUGGGAUCAGUUGAAAUCUGGCUCUUUUCAGUUGAAUGAGGAAAUGAUUGAGACAUUAUUCGUGGUAAACUUUUCAAAAGAUCGCAAUAAACAACCAUUGAUGCCGGUGUUGAAUCAGGAAAAUAAGGCGCUUGACCCAAAGAAAUCUCAAAACAUUGCGAUUUUGUUGAGAGCACUUAAUGUUACUGUAGAUGAAGUUUGUGAAGCACUUUUAGAAGGCAAUGCAGAUAUACUGGGAACAGAACUUCUUGAAAGUUUGUUAAAGAUGGCUCCCACUAAAGAAGAGGAAUGUAUGUUAAAGGAAUUCAACGAUGCAUCACCGCUCAAGCUGGGCCCUGCUGAAAAUUUUCUCAAAACGGUGCUUGAUAUACCUUUUGCAUUUAGAAGGGUGGAUGCAAUGCUUUAUAUAGCCAAUUUUGAUUCAGAGGUUGAGUACCUGAAGAGAUCAUUCGAGACACUCGAGGCUGCAUGUGAAGAGUUGAGGAACAGCAGAAUGUUUCUAAAGCUCCUAGAAGCCGUACUAAAGACUGGAAACCGCAUGAAUGUCGGAACCAACCGUGGGGAUGCGCUUGCCUUCAAACUUGACACACUUCUUAAGCUCGUAAAUGUCAAGGGCACUGAUGGCAAAACUACCCUUCUACAUUUUGUCGUCCAAGAAAUCAUAAGAGCAGAAGGCUCUCGACUUUCUGGUGCUCCAAAGGAAGAUAAUCAACAAUCCACCCUCCGGGAUGAGGUUGAAUUCAGAAAGGUUGGCCUUCAAGUCCUUUCGGGCUUGAGUGGGGAGCUCACAAAUGUCAAGAAAGCCGCCUCAAUGGACUCGAAUGUUCUUAGAAACGAAGCCUCAAAACUAGCUGAAGGAGUUGCCAAGAUUGAGGAAGUAGUGAAAAUAAGCAAAGAAUUAGCCUCGAAGUUUUCUGAAUCGAUGAAGCGGUUUCUGAAAAAGGCAGAAGUAGAAAUCGUCAACAUUCAAGCCCAAGAGAGCAUGUCCUUCGCCAUUGUGAAGGAGCUGACGGAAUAUUUCCAUGGCGACUCGACUAAGGAAGAAGCUCAUCCACUCCGAAUAUUCACAGUCGUGAGGGACUUCCUCUGUGUCCUCGAUCAGGUAUGCAAAGACGUUGGCAAAAUAAAUGAUCGAACCACAAUCAGCUCACGAGGCCAACCGUUUCCCAUGCCUGUUAGCUCCGGGCUUCAUCACAUGUUUCCUGGGUACGACAUUGGAAGGCAGCAAGACAGUUCAUCUUCCGAUGAAGAAAGCUCUUCCUCGUUGUGAAUAGCUUCAUGUCUUGUCUGUCACUGCUUACUAUGGUACAAUUCACUGGAGAGCAAAGGGAUUGAGCUUUUGACAUCCCUAAAGUUAGUUUUGGGUUUGUAUAGAUUCUAUAUAGUUAGAAUUUUUAUUUUUUUUUUAAUUUUAAAUAAGGGUAAUGCUAUUUACACGCUCUAAUUUUUAUACAUUUUAUCCAUGCCAUCAAGGAGAAUAUAUUGGUUCAAUCUGAGGGCAUAGAUGUCAAAAAAUUAGAGUGUAUAAGUAGUAUUAUUCCUUUCUGUUUCUUGUUUUUACUUGCUGUUAAAUAUGGAGUAUAAUGGAUGAGUGUUAUUAUAGCCUAUUAUGACAACAUAGCCCUCAUUUUCUUCUUCAAA